CAGACAGGAGGGGUGGAGUUCACAGCUUCUACUUUCCAGACGCUGCUCGGGCAGAAGAGCUCAUUCUGUGCCUGGUAAACACCGGAGUUGGCACUUAUGCAUCCUGGCAUGUGAUCCCACUUUAGUUAAAUCAAUCGUCUCACUGCUGCAGCCUCCCAUUAAACUUUCCAUGCUGUUGCCCGUCCAAUGGACAGCACUUAGGGGGUUUGUCUGGACCGUAUCCGCUCCUGCUCGCUCUUCCGCUGCUCUCCGUCUCUCCACCGCGGUCUCUCCCGGUUCAGAGGGACUCACGCGGCUCGGGGAGCUGGCCCGGGUCUCCUGCACUCAUGGAGGGAGACGUAAUGGACAAGGUGGAGGCCACGGCGACGGUGUGUGACUUCGAUCCCAUCAGUGGCAGCGUCCCGGCCACCAAGGUGGAGAUCACCGUGUCCUGCAGAAAUCUCUUGGACCGAGACACUUUCUCCAAAUCCGACCCACUGUUGGUGUUGUACACGCAGGGCGCUGAGUGCAAACAGUGGAGAGAGUUCGGGAGAACAGAAGUGAUCGACAACACACUGAACCCGGACUUUAUCAGGAAGUACAUCCUGGACUACUUCUUUGAGGAGAAGCAAAACCUGAGAUUUGACGUGUAUGAUAUUGAUUCUAAAAGUCCAGAUCUGGCAAAGCAUCCCACCGACUUUAACGACUUUCUGGGACAGGUCCACUGUACAUUGGGAGAGAUCGUGGGCUCACCAGCCAGCCGCCUGGAGAAGCCUCUCGGUGGCAUACCUGGGAAGAAAUGUGGGACAAUUAUCUUGUCUGCGGAGGAGUUGGGAAACUGCAGAGAUUACGCCACCAUGCAAUUCUGUGCCAACAAACUAGAUAAGAAGGACUUCUUUGGAAAGUCAGACCCCUUCAUGGUCUUCUACAGAAGUAAUGAGGAUGGAACGUUCACCAUCUGCCACAAGACUGAAGUGAUGAAAAACACGCUGCACCCUGUGUGGCAGCCCUUCUCCAUCCCUGUCAGAGCGCUCUGCAACGGAGACUAUGAGAGGGCAAUCAAGGCAGAGGUGUAUGACUGGGACAGAGACGGGAGUCAUGAUUUCAUUGGUGAAUUCACCACCAGCUACAAAGCGCUCUGUCGAGGUCAAAACCAGUUGAACGUCCACGAGGUGGUGAAUGCAAAGAAGAAAAUAAAGAAAAAGAGAUACAUCAACUCUGGGACGGUGUCCUUGUUGUCAUUCAACGUGGAGUCAGAGCACACCUUCCUGGAUUACAUCAAAGGAGGGACUCAGAUUCACUUCACAGUGGCCAUUGAUUUCACUGCAUCAAACGGAAAUCCGUCCCAGUCUACUUCACUGCAUUACAUGAACCCUUACCAGAUGAAUGCCUAUGCUAUGGCUCUCAAAGCCGUGGGAGAGAUCAUCCAGGACUAUGACAGUGAUAAGAUGUUCCCGGCUCUGGGAUUUGGUGCUAAGCUGCCCCCUGAUGGAAGGGUCUCCCAUGAGUUCCCGCUGAAUGGCAACAUUGAGAACCCGUACUGUAACGGCAUGCAGGGGAUUCUUGACGCUUACCAUCAAAGCCUUAAGACGGUUCAGCUGUACGGACCCACCAACUUUGCUCCAGUUGUGAAUCAUGUGGCAAGCUAUGCAGCAGCAGUGCAGGAUGGGUCCCAGUACUUUGUUCUGCUCAUCAUCACUGACGGCGUUAUAUCAGACAUGGCCCAGACUAAGGAGGCCAUAGUGAAUGGGUUUACCCUCGGGAGGGGCUCUCCUGAGAUCCCCUCACAGGUCAACAGGUUCACCUUAUCGGAUGCAGAGCUCUCACCCAGCGCAUCCUCUGAGGCUCAAGAACAGGGCGCUCUGACCCACAGCAGACUGGGUUUAAAGGGAAUUUGCGACUGUUAA